UUUGUCCCACAGUCAGCGAUGUUCUGUCAGACGGCAUGAUUAAAACCAACAGCUACAAGAGAUACACAAAAUACUGAAGUAAAAACUUUAUGUGCGAUUGAAGCACGAGUUCUAUAGUAGAUAUGAAAGAAAACGCAUGGAGCGUUUUGGUAAAGCUUACACAGGAGGGACAACUAUCUGCACUCAAACAACAACUAGCAUCCAGCGAUGCCGCACUCGCUGUCAACGGGAAACACUUCGGGAGUUCUGGAGAUACCUUACUGCACUAUGCCGCCCGCCACGGACAUUUGCAAGUGAUGGAAUUCCUAAUCAAUGAAAUCGGAAUGGAUAUAGAAGUGUACAACAGCGAUUAUAAAAGACCGUUGCACGAGGCUGCGUCCAUGAGUCAAAUAGCCUGUGUGGUGUAUUUGCUUAAUAACGGGGCCAAAGUCGAUUGUUUAAAAAAGGCAGACUGGACCCCUCUUAUGAUGGCGUGUACUCGCCGAAGCCCCGAGGUCAUCCAAGAGCUACUUUCACACGGAGCGGACCCCUUUUUAAAAAAUAAAGAUGGUUGGAACUGUUUCCACAUCGCAUGUAGAGAGGGAGAUCCACUGGUCGUGCAGCACCUCCUACAGGUUGCUCCUUGUGUGUGGAAAACCGAGAGCAAGAUUCUCAGGACACCGCUGCACACUGCAGCUAUGCAUGGUUGUGAGGAGGUUGUAAACAUAUUGCUACAGAGAUGUGGCUAUAUUUCAGAGAGUGCAGACAGCUGUGGGGUCACACCUUUCAUGGACGCGGUUCGGAACGGACACAUAGCCGUGGGAAAAAUGCUUCUCGAGAUACAUGGGGCAUCUCCGACCGCAUCUGAUAAACUGGGGUGUCAGUCCAUACAUCAAGUUGCAGUAACUGGCCAAGAGGAGGCACUAGAGUUCCUUGUGAAGGAACUCAAGGUUGACGUGAACCAGACAGCUACUGGUCUACAGCUUACUGCUCUGCAUUAUGCUGCUAAGGAAGGACACACCGGUACCAUAGCAACACUGCUGUCUCUUGGAGCAGAUUUACAUGUGAAGGACAAGAAGGGGAGAAGCGCUCUGCACAUGGCCUCCAUUGGUCAGCAUGCGGACGCGGCCAGGACCCUUCUACAGCUGGGCCUCGGGGACUCUGAGGAUGCGUCGGGCACCACGGCACGUCAACUGGCCAAGAAACCAGACAUACUGGGAGUGUUUGAACAGGAGCAAGAUUGAAUAAGCUAGAAACUAAAAAAAAACGGAAUGUAAAUUGAUCUACUGUGUUAAAAUUGUAAAAU